AAAGAUGAAACAUAGUGUGUAGUGUAAAGUGUGACGGGUGGCAAAUUGACCUGGGAAGUGACAUUAAGUAAUGAAAUCAAUUUUCGACAUGUAUUUUAUAUUCUCGCUUUUGGAAUAUUCAACGGUAAUACUCAUAGGACUUUUUCUGAAACUGGAAUGUUCACUUUGUUUAGUAGUUACUAACUUUAUCCAGAAGUAUAUUUAUUACCUCAUCUAUAAAUGUGAUUGUUCUGGGAUUGUGGUAAUGAAACAUCAAAGUGUACUUUUUAGACGUAUUCCAAGCUUUAGAAUAAUUAUUCAUCAUCAGGGACUGAAAUUAUGGUCGAAAUAUAAUAUAAAAAUAUAGGAUAUCCGGAUAUUGAAAGAUUGAAAAUUACAUUAAUAAAUAGAGAAUUGCGGUAUUACAAAUUUUCUCGGAAAUAUUAAAUUCAUUUGAUACAAAAACCAGCUUCAAAAUGAUAACAGUAUAUCCGGUAUUGUAUUUUCACAAUCUCAUUAGAAAUCAUGAUACUUUAAUACUAUAACUCAAAUGUUACAAAAUCAAUAAUUAUUCAUUUCGAUAAAAAGAAUCCCUUGUUUUUCUAGUUGAAUUUUCGGUUCCAGCCUUAACAAGUUUCCCCACUUCAUUUCUUUUUUUCCUACUUUUGUUAAUUGUAUGUCAUUUCUAAACACAACCACAUUGUGAUGUCUUACAAAUUCCUUCGAGCAUUUUUUCCAAGUUGUCUUUUAAUUUUAGCACGAAAGUUUUUGAGCAUUAAAUUUGGAUUACCUAUAUUUCGGUUACGAUUCGUCCUCCUUGUGAUAUCUUGACUAAUUUUGAAUUCUAUAAUUUCAAUAACUUUCUAAGGUGUACAUAAUACAUUUAUAUGUGAUUUUGGUUUCAUAUUAUUGCUUGUUUAUCAAACUUUAAUUGUGAUAUUUAAAUUCUAUUAUAACGGAAUCUCAGUACAUUUCAUUUUAAAAACAGAAAAAAUAUCCAAUGAAAGAAAUUGACGUCCUUCAAUAUCCAUCAUUUGACUUAAGUAAUAUAUAAAAUAUAAAGUUAGUUUAAUGUAACUAAUGUACUAGUCUUUGCAAAUUUGGUUUUCUUAUAUAUUGAACAAAAAUAAUCAAAGAGUGUUUGAUCAUUCGAACAUACUUAUUUAUUUUCUUAAUUAAUUAACUUGAUACAAUAAAUUGAAUGAUGUGAACUAGUUUAUAACAUAAUAUAAUGAAACUUGACAUAAACGAUGCUUUGAAUAUUCCAUAUAUCACCUACCUCUAACAAACAAUGUCAUGUCACCAUCAACGGUGUUAUCAUUUUAUUUUCACGUCAUUGAAAUUUUAUCUGACUUUCAUAACAUUAGUUUUGUUCACAUGUAUAUUAGUCUUGUUAUAUUUCAUUUUGGUUUUUUUGUUUCCAUUAUCAUAUUUCCCAGUAUCAUAUGAAAUAUCCUGAUUUAUUGUGAUAAAAUCAUAAAUAUCACAUAAUAUGAAAUUAAAUAAAUAGAAAGUAUUCAAAUAUGUUGUUCUAGAAAAACUGAUAUCUUUUAGAGAAUAUCUAACUUAUCACUUGUCGAUGUGUUCGAAAAAUAUUUUUUUUUAAAUUCAGUAGAAUCCAAAGGUUGCUAUAAUCCAGCUUCCUAAAUCCGGCUAUUGUUUAUUUUUUCCAAUUUGUAUUGACUGUUUAUUCAUAACUAAAUUAGAAUUUCUGAAACCGUUGGUGAUAUUCAUACUGAACACACAUUCAUAUUUCAAAAUAAUGUUCCUCUAUUAUUUGGCCACUUUCGAUUGUUAUAUAUGAUUAUAAUUACAAUUUCCACUGAAGUAAAUUUCUCUCCAAUACAGAAAUAACAAAACUAUUAAUCUGAGGUAUUCGAAAAAUAAUUAUUGUGUAAUAAUGACAUUUUUUUUUGGUGUUGGUUGGUUUUUUUAGUUUGAAAUUUAGGACAUAGUCAACUCAUACAUAUUUGUAGUUUAAAACAUGCACUUACCAUUAAAAAAUGAAUUUUUAGAGACUAAUUUGAAAGCUAUGCUGUUUCGAUAUGUGGUCUUGAAAAUUAUUCUACUAAUUAAUAUAUAACAAAAUUACAAUUUUUCAGAUUUAUUAAACCCAGAAAACUGGUUUGUAAAAUCUAAUAUAUUUUUGAUGAAACUAGUUGGCUUAGUGAAAUUAUUUUAAAAACAUAUAAAACUCUUGCUCCAGUUAGACAUCCAAAUGUCGAACACCGCUUUGAAACGGGAAAAUACCAGUGCUUCGGCAAAUGUGUUGAUGUGCCGUCAAUGGUGGAAAGUGUGUUGGAUGUACGGUGAUCAAGAAAAAUAUUAUCGACAACUGUACGGUAAAAAAUCGGAAAAUAACGAAAAAAGUUCGAGUCAAGGAUUACAAUACUUUCAAAAUUUUUACGAAAAUGCGUUAGCAGAUGAAAAAAAUGAGACUCGAGUGUGUGAAAGUUUUAGUGUUGAUGAAAUAAGGACGCCGUCACCUAAUAAAGAUGAGAACAGUUCACCAGGAAGCUUGGAAUUAGAUGAAUCAGUUUGCCGAAAUUACCAAUAUAGCAACUCCAUGUCAAAUAACAACGACGGGGGCAUUGGUCCCAUAUCUCCACCAGUGUUACUGUCACCUAGCGGAAAGUUACCUUCUCCGGGGGGAAAACUUCCUUCUUUGGAUCCUACUGAUAGAUUUUUAGGAAAAGGCUCACCGUUUUCGCCAUCUAAUGGAGAUCCCCAAAGACAUUCGCAAAGCGAUGAUGACAGUGGGUGCGCGUUAGAAGAGUAUACGUGGGUACCUCCAGGACUCAGGCCCGAUCAAGUUCACUUAUACUUCAGCGCACUUCCCGAAGACAAAGUGCCGUACGUGAACUCGGUAGGAGAGCGAUACCGAGUGCGACAAUUACUUCAACAAUUACCUCCCCAUGACAACGAAGUACGUUACUGCCAUGCUUUAUCAGAUGAAGAGAGGAAAGAGCUCAGACUUUUUUCAGCUCAAAGGAAAAGGGAAGCAUUGGGCAGAGGAGCAGUUAGACAAAUACCUGGAAGUAUGCAAUGUGAUGGGUGUGAGGAAUCCCUCUCCGCAGGUGACAUCGGAGUAUUUGCUAGUCGAGCCGGCCCUAACACCUGCUGGCAUCCCGCAUGUUUCUGCUGCACUGUUUGUAGAGAGCUACUCGUCGACCUCAUCUAUUUCUAUAGGGAGGGUCGAUUGUAUUGCGGCCGUCACCACGCCGAAACUAUCAAGCCAAGAUGUUCCGCUUGCGAUGAGAUAAUUCUCGCUGACGAAUGCACAGAGGCGGAAGGUCGAGCUUGGCAUAUGAAACAUUUUUCUUGCUCCGAAUGCGAGCGACAACUGGGAGGUCAGAGAUACAUCAUGAGAGAUGGAAGACCUUACUGUUUGCAUUGCUUUGAUGCAAUGUUUGCUGAAUACUGCGACUCAUGUGGGGAACCGAUAGGCGUAGAUCAAGGUCAAAUGUCACAUGAAGGUCAACAUUGGCAUGCAACUGAAAGCUGUUUUUGUUGUCACACCUGCCAUACGUCUCUGCUAGGGAGACCUUUUCUUCCCAGAAGAGGAGCUAUUUACUGUUCCAUAGCUUGUAGUAAAGGAGAACCUCCUACGCCAAGUGAUUCUUCUGGUCCAAAUACUAGGAUACCACGUCAUCCCAUCAAAAAUAGACCUCAAAGACCUUCAUCUCCCAACGAAAGUAGUACACCUCCAUUAUCACCUUCGACAAGAAGGCAUUUGCCUCCCCGAUCUCCUACUGCUUCCUCUCCUUCCUCUCCUCCAGGUCAAUAUGUUAAUAGAUCUCCUACUAUUACCAGGUCCCCAAAAAUGGGUCGAAGAGCAUUACAAAGAUCACCAAAACCUAUUUCAAUACCUAGCACUCCUACACUAUCAGAUACUGGGACCAAUAUCUCACAAAAUGAAAAUAUAAAUGAAGAAACAACACCCAAAGGGUUACCAACUUCCUCCCCCAGCUGUCGAGGCUUAGAUAGAGUAUUAUUAGAAAGAAAUUUGGAAAGGCUACUAACUGAAAGGGGUAACCAGGGACAUUCUUCAGAUUUAGAAAAAUUAUUAUUAGCAAGGGAUCGAAGUAGAGAACCUUUACAUUUGGCUGAUUUAAGUAUAGAUGAAUGGAGUACUCGAUCUGUUUCUGAUAACAAGAAGGAAGAAUCUGAUAAACAAAGUAGUAACGCGGGAGAAAAAGAUUCUAGUGCUGGUAAUAUUGAUCAGGCUCCACAACAUGCGUCUUCCAUGCCCGAACUUGCCAUACCAGGAGGUUCAAGCGAUACAGGUAAUUCAACAACCCCAGGGUCACCUAGUAAAAAAGGGAAAGGUCCACUUAGUGUUAGGUUUCAAGGAGAUAAUGAGGGAUUUGAAGGAGACGAAUAUGAUAAAGCAAGUUUAGAAGCUUCUAGAAAGUUUCCUAGAAGCAAAAGUUAUUCUGGUAGACCAAAACAUGCAAGCGAUAGUCUUCCAAGAAAAGGUAAAUCAAGAAAAGAACAUUGUUCAAUUCCUCAACGUGAUAGAGCAAGCUCAAGAUCCAAGGAAAGAGAAGAUGAUACUGAAAGUUACUGUUCAACUUGUUCUUCAAGUUCUUCUAGUGACGACCUUGAUUAUCAAUUGCCACCAAGAAGAGCCUAUGGUGGUGUUAGAAUAUCUUAUGUUCCUAACGACACUCUUGCCAUAGCUAGACGGAGACAAGCCACUAUUCAAAAAUCUCCUAGUAAAAAGGGAAUGACAAUUGAUGAUAAAGAUAAAAACUGUGUUAUAUCGUGAUUCUUGACCAUGGAAUAUAGUUUAUCCUCUUUUAUGAAAUUGGGAAGAUGACAAAAUUAAUUACUUUCCUAUUUAUUUUUACUUGUACAAAUAAUAUUAGGAUUAUAAACUACAGGUUCUCAUGUUUUUAAAAACAAAGUAAGCAGCUUUAUAAA